UUUUGUUUGAAUGACUGAAGACGGAAUACAGCACACUGUUUUUAAGUUUUAGCAAUGUAGAAAUGGCAGCAAAACUAAACCUUUCGGGGCCGUCGGACUCAGACACGUCUUCUCCAAACGACCAAACUGUGUCCAGCUUGAACGGCAACCGAAGUCUGAGAGUCGCAGAAAAGGAGAGAAGGAGAGGCGAGGCGGAGGACCCGUUUGUUCUGGGCCUGAAGUACUUCUCUGACGUUGAAGCAGGUACUCCUGUGUAUGGGAAUGAUGAGCUGGAGAGGAACCUGGUGCAGGUGGAGAAGGUGGCCUACAGUAAAGGCCUUUUUCCAGAAGCCAUCUCUAUUAUGCUGGAGUUUGCCAUGAGCCUCCGUAUGGGGACGACUCUGUGUGCCCGGGUGCUGAAGUGUCUGAUUCCUGCCACUGUGGUGCCGCAGGAGGCUGUCGUUCGAGCAGUGGUUUGGCUAGGUGUUGGCAAAAUACCUAUCAGCACACAAGUUCUUUUCAUAAAGUGGGUGUUGACCAUUUUUGACAUGAUUGAUGCAAAGGACCAACUUCGAGCAAUCUACGGCUUCAUCUUCAGCUUCGUCACAGAGGAAAAUCUGUGUCCUUUCAUCUGUCAUCUGUUGUACCUUUUGACCAGAAAGGAAAGUGUGCGAGUCUUCAGAGUAAGGAAGCUACUGGAGCUACAGUCUAAACUGGGAAGGCAGCCGUUCCUCCUGCACCUACUGUCACUUUACAAAGUGUUUUGUCCUGAGCUGGUGACGCUCUCCAUUCCAACACGAAUGAGGAGUGGGUUUAGGAACCACAAUUCCCCCUGGAAAUCAGCACUGAUUGGUGUCCAGAAGAGGAACAAUUACCAGGUCGACUCCAGGAUCAGUGUGGCCUUCAUGGUUAAAGAUAAGACCAACUCAAGGAAAAGGAAACACAGCCACCUGGAACUGCCGACAUUGAGUUCUGUAGUCAAUAAACAGGCUCAGACUGCGUUGUCCUGCAGCAGAAAGGUGGUCCCCCUAGUGCAGCUCCACUCCUUUGCUCAGCUGCUGGAAAAUAUGCACCGUAUAGAGCUGCCCGCUCAGAUGGGCUCACUGCUGGGCUCCAGUCUGGCACUGCAGUACCUGGACUGCGUACAGGAUGAGUCUGCCCUCCUACGCCUCAACUUCUGGCUAGGCUACGCUCUCCACGAAGAAUUUUUGUUCUGCAGCGAUGGAGGAGCCUCUCAUAAUUCAGAAGAAGUUCUGCAGUUUUUGAACACGUUGCUGUCCACGCAGCACUUCCUCCAGGAGGGGUUUUCCAGUUCAGAGGCUUUUCUCUACAAAUUCCUCAACGUUUGGGACGGCUCCCUCUUCCGCCCACAGAUCCUCGGCCUGCUGAGCAACAUACCGGUUGUCCCCAGUUCCCAAAUCGGGCGUCUUUUGUUUGAGCCCCUCAUGCAGCUCUUCUUCACAUCCUCAAUGUUUUUCAAGUGUGGUCUGAUGGAGUGUCUAAACAAUAUGCUGUUAAAGUGGCUGACCUGGCACUCAGUGUAUGCUCUGGAAAACGACUUGGACAUCAGCCUCAACAGCCACACCUCCAUAAACAUGACUCUGUCAGGGUUCAAGGAUUCAGUGUUGGAGCUGGUUCACUUCGUGGGUCGGCUGGCCUCUGUGGGCCUUCAGCUUGAAGGCUGUAACUCUCUACUCCUGAGCUUCAUCCUGGACUUCUACGACACGGUGUGUGACAUGUUUCUGAAGUAUGGGCUGCCCCUCGUGGUGAUGCCUCCGCCUGGAGUUUUUUACCCAGCCCUCUUCGCCACUGACCCUGUUAGCGUGGACAGACUGGCCUACAUCAUGUACAGGUACAAGGUGAACUUGACAUCAGCCAAGAGUCAAGAAAAGCUCACAGAGCAGGCCUUUCACAUCAGCCGCCAGACGUUCCGAGAGUUCAACCACUACGUCGUCGUCAUGGUCAACUGCCUGUGGAACUCCAAAUUGUUUCAACCGGGCAUGGAUGUACAGCUGGGAGAGGAGCUGCUGCUCAAGAGCAACGUACCACAGUACUGGACGAGUUUCGACCUCAUUCACCACCCCGCCUUCAUGAGCUACGCCGUCGACUUUCACCAGAAGUGUUGGCCAGGGAGAAAGGACAUGGACCUCAAUUCAAUUAAGCAUUCCAAACCGUGGAGUUGGUACCUGGAGUAUUUGUUUACUCAGGGUUAUGACGGCCUUAAACAGUUUGUUCAGAGCAACAUCAGCCGGCAGCUGACGACAAGCGACGGGCAGGACGGCAGCCUGUCCACGCAGCAGAGGUAGAUGCUCAGCCCAGUGGAGAGGAAAAGCAACCACUCGCAUCUUACCAGUUUUUUAAGAGACUUGUACAUAUUUCAUUUCCUCAUCGCUUCCAAGCAAGCUACUUGCAAGCAAUCUUUUUAUGUACAUAGAUUUAACUGUGUCUAUUGUGUAUUCUUACUUUUUAUGAUUGUCUUUUCAACAGUAAUAGACUGGAAUGGCGGCCAUUUUCCAGAGCAUUGUUAGUAGUAGAUUUAAGUCCUUUGAAUAUCUUCAACAGGGAAGAUUAUCUUUUACAACACAGAAGUAAAUUCCUUUUUAACUUAUGAUCCACAUGCAUAUUGAGAACAUACAGAAGAAUGCAAGUAACAGAAGUUUAAAUUAUUCUUUCUCAGUCUAAUUUUUUGUUCAAUAAAAUCAGCCACUUUGUAUGGAUUCAACAUGUCGACCUUGAACCAGCUACCACAUUAAAAACGCAUUUUUCUUUAGUUUGCCCUUUACUUUUUGUGUAUAUUCUUGUACAGCUUUCCAUCUGCAAAACCUGACUCUUGCACAUUGUUGAAAAUAAAUACAUGCAAGACUUUUACUUUACAAGCAAA